AAUGUCUACUUCCCAACCCAUCGUCUGAGCAAGCGUCAGACAGCAAACCUCACCAAGACAAGCUGGAGACCUGCAGCUUAACUGUGCCAGCAGUUCCCUGCGAGAAAAAAGAAUUGUGUGAUUUCCAGGGGACAACAGCUACGGCUCAUCCAGCCAAAAGCCCAACUGUUCCACCGAAUCCGUACCGGAGGGUAGGGCCUCCUCACGCUCGCCCCCCUGCAGGAGCUCCGCCAGCCAGCCCUGCUCAGAAAUUUUUGCCCACGGGGGUUCCUGCCAUAUGGCCACCACCACCGCCUGCUGGAGCAUGUCUACUUCCCAACCCAUCGUCUGAGCCAGCGUCGGACAGCAAACCUCACCAAGACAAGCUGGAGACCUGCAGCUUCACUGUGCCAGCAGUUCCCUGCGAGGAGAAAAAAGAAUUGUGUGAUUUCCAGGGGACAACAGCCACGGCUCAUCCAGCCAAAAGCCCAACUGUUCCACCGAAUCCGUACCGGAGGGUAGGGCCUCCUCACGCUCGCCCCCCUGCAGGAGCUCCGCCAGCCAGCCCUGCUCAGAAAUUUUUGCCCACGGGGGUUCCUGCCAUAUGGCCACCACCACCGCCUGCUGGAGCAUGUCUACUUCCCAACCCAUCGUCUGAGCCAGCGUCGGACAGCAAACCUCACCAAGACAAGCUGGAGACCUGCAGCUUCACUGUGCCAGCAGUUCCCUGCGAGGAGAAAAAAGAAUUGUGUGAUUUCCAGGGGACAACAGCCACGGCUCAUCCAGCCAAAAGCCCAACUGUUCCACCGAAUCCGUACCGGAGGGUAGGGCCUCCUCACGCUCGCCCCCCUGCAGGAGCUCCGCCAGCCAGCCCUGCUCAGAAAUUUUUGCCCACGGGGGUUCCUGCCAUAUGGCCACCACCACCGCCUGCUGGAGCAUGUCUACUUCCCAACCCAUCGUCUGAGCCAGCGUCGGACAGCAAACCUCACCAAGACAAGCUGGAGACCUGCAGCUUCACUGUGCCAGCAGUUCCCUGCGAGGAGAAAAAAGAAUUGUGUGAUUUCCAGGGGACAACAGCCACGGCUCAUCCAGCCAAAAGCCCAACUGUUCCACCGAAUCCGUACCGGAGGGUAGGGCCUCCUCACGCUCGCCCCCCUGCAGGAGCUCCGCCAGCCAGCCCUGCUCACAAAUUUUUGCCCACGGGGGUUCCUGCCAUAUGGCCACCACCACCGCCUGCUGGAGCAUGUCUACUUCCCAACCCAUCGUCUGAGCCAGCGUCGGACAGCAAACCUCACCAAGACAAGCUGGAGACCUGCAGCUUCACUGUGCCAGCAGUUCCCUGCGAGGAGAAAAAAGAAUUGUGUGAUUUCCAGGGGACAACAGCUACGGCUCAUCCAGCCAAAAGCCCAACUGUUCCACCGAAUCCGUACCGGAGGGUAGGGCCUCCUCACGCUCGCCCCCCUGCAGGAGCUCCGCCAGCCAGCCCUGCUCAGAAAUUUUUGCCCACGGGGGUUCCUGCCAUAUGGCCACCACCACCGCCUGCUGGAGCAUGUCUACUUCCCAACCCAUCGUCUGAGCCAGCGUCGGACAGCAAACCUCACCAAGACAAGCUGGAGACCUGCAGCUUCACUGUGCCAGCAGUUCCCUGCGAGGAGAAAAAAGAAUUGUGUGAUUUCCAGGGGACAACAGCCACGGCUCAUCCAGCCAAAAGCCCAACUGUUCCACCGAAUCCGUACCGGAGGGUAGGGCCUCCUCACGCUCGCCCCCCUGCAGGAGCUCCGCCAGCCAGCCCUGCUCACAAAUUUUUGCCCACGGGGGUUCCUGCCAUAUGGCCACCACCACCGCCUGCUGGAGCAUGUCUACUUCCCAACCCAUCGUCUGAGCCAGCGUCGGACAGCAAACCUCACCAAGACAAGCUGGAGACCUGCAGCUUCACUGUGCCAGCAGUUCCCUGCGAGGAGAAAAAAGAAUUGUGUGAUUUCCAGGGGACAACAGCUACGGCUCAUCCAGCCAAAAGCCCAACUGUUCCACCGAAUCCGUACCGGAGGGUAGGGCCUCCUCACGCUCGCCCCCCUGCAGGAGCUCCGCCAGCCAGCCCUGCUCAGAAAUUUUUGCCCACGGGGGUUCCUGCCAUAUGGCCACCACCACCGCCUGCUGGAGCAUGUCUACUUCCCAACCCAUCGUCUGAGCCAGCGUCGGACAGCAAACCUCACCAAGACAAGCUGGAGACCUGCAGCUUCACUGUGCCAGCAGUUCCCUGCGAGGAGAAAAAAGAAUUGUGUGAUUUCCAGGGGACAACAGCUACGGCUCAUCCAGCCAAAAGCCCAACUGUUCCACCGAAUCCGUACCGGAGGGUAGGGCCUCCUCACGCUCGCCCCCCUGCAGGAGCUCCGCCAGCCAGCCCUGCUCACAAAUUUUUGCCCACGGGGGUUCCUGCCAUAUGGCCACCACCACCGCCUGCUGGAGCAUGUCUACUUCCCAACCCAUCGUCUGAGCCAGCGUCGGACAGCAAACCUCACCAAGACAAGCUGGAGACCUGCAGCUUCACUGUGCCAGCAGUUCCCUGCGAGGAGAAAAAAGAAUUGUGUGAUUUCCAGGGGACAACAGCCACGGCUCAUCCAGCCAAAAGCCCAACUGUUCCACCGAAUCCGUACCGGAGGGUAGGGCCUCCUCACGCUCGCCCCCCUGCAGGAGCUCCGCCAGCCAGCCCUGCUCAGAAAUUUUUGCCCACGGGGGUUCCUGCCAUAUGGCCACCACCACCGCCUGCUGGAGCAUGUCUACUUCCCAACCCAUCGUCUGAGCCAGCGUCGGACAGCAAACCUCACCAAGACAAGCUGGAGACCUGCAGCUUCACUGUGCCAGCAGUUCCCUGCGAGGAGAAAAAAGAAUUGUGUGAUUUCCAGGGGACAACAGCUACGGCUCAUCCAGCCAAAAGCCCAACUGUUCCACCGAAUCCGUACCGGAGGGUAGGGCCUCCUCACGCUCGCCCCCCUGCAGGAGCUCCGCCAGCCAGCCCUGCUCACAAAUUUUUGCCCACGGGGGUUCCUGCCAUAUGGCCACCACCACCGCCUGCUGGAGCAUGUCUACUUCCCAACCCAUCGUCUGAGCCAGCGUCGGACAGCAAACCUCACCAAGACAAGCUGGAGACCUGCAGCUUCACUGUGCCAGCAGUUCCCUGCGAGGAGAAAAAAGAAUUGUGUGAUUUCCAGGGGACAACAGCUACGGCUCAUCCAGCCAAAAGCCCAACUGUUCCACCGAAUCCGUACCGGAGGGUAGGGCCUCCUCACGCUCGCCCCCCUGCAGGAGCUCCGCCAGCCAGCCCUGCUCACAAAUUUUUGCCCACGGGGGUUCCUGCCAUAUGGCCACCACCACCGCCUGCUGGAGCAUGUCUACUUCCCAACCCAUCGUCUGAGCCAGCGUCGGACAGCAAACCUCACCAAGACAAGCUGGAGACCUGCAGCUUCACUGUGCCAGCAGUUCCCUGCGAGGAGAAAAAAGAAUUGUGUGAUUUCCAGGGGACAACAGCCACGGCUCAUCCAGCCAAAAGCCCAACUGUUCCACCGAAUCCGUACCGGAGGGUAGGGCCUCCUCACGCUCGCCCCCCUGCAGGAGCUCCGCCAGCCAGCCCUGCUCACAAAUUUUUGCCCACGGGGGUUCCUGCCAUAUGGCCACCACCACCGCCUGCUGGAGCAUGUCUACUUCCCAACCCAUCGUCUGAGCCAGCGUCGGACAGCAAACCUCACCAAGACAAGCUGGAGACCUGCAGCUUCACUGUGCCAGCAGUUCCCUGCGAGGAGAAAAAAGAAUUGUGUGAUUUCCAGGGGACAACAGCUACGGCUCAUCCAGCCAAAAGCCCAACUGUUCCACCGAAUCCGUACCGGAGGGUAGGGCCUCCUCACGCUCGCCCCCCUGCAGGAGCUCCGCCAGCCAGCCCUGCUCAGAAAUUUUUGCCCACGGGGGUUCCUGCCAUAUGGCCACCACCACCGCCUGCUGGAGCAUGUCUACUUCCCAACCCAUCGUCUGAGCCAGCGUCGGACAGCAAACCUAACCAAGACAAGCUGGAGACCUGCAGCUUCACUGUGCCAGCAGUUCCCUGCGAGGAGAAAAAAGAAUUGUGUGAUUUCCAGGGGACAACAGCUACGGCUCAUCCAGCCAAAAGCCCAACUGUUCCACCGAAUCCGUACCGGAGGGUAGGGCCUCCUCACGCUCGCCCCCCUGCAGGAGCUCCGCCAGCCAGCCCUGCUCACAAAUUUUUGCCCACGGGGGUUCCUGCCAUAUGGCCACCACCACCGCCUGCUGGAGCAUGUCUACUUCCCAACCCAUCGUCUGAGCCAGCGUCGGACAGCAAACCUAACCAAGACAAGCUGGAGACCUGCAGCUUCACUGUGCCAGCAGUUCCCUGCGAGGAGAAAAAAGAAUUGUGUGAUUUCCAGGGGACAACAGCUACGGCUCAUCCAGCCAAAAGCCCAACUGUUCCACCGAAUCCGUACCGGAGGGUAGGGCCUCCUCACGCUCGCCCCCCUGCAGGAGCUCCGCCAGCCAGCCCUGCUCAGAAAUUUUUGCCCACGGGGGUUCCUGCCAUAUGGCCACCACCACCGCCUGCUGGAGCAUGUCUACUUCCCAACCCAUCGUCUGAGCCAGCGUCGGACAGCAAACCUCACCAAGACAAGCUGGAGACCUGCAGCUUCACUGUGCCAGCAGUUCCCUGCGAGGAGAAAAAAGAAUUGUGUGAUUUCCAGGGGACAACAGCUACGGCUCAUCCAGCCAAAAGCCCAACUGUUCCACCGAAUCCGUACCGGAGGGUAGGGCCUCCUCACGCUCGCCCCCCUGCAGGAGCUCCGCCAGCCAGCCCUGCUCAGAAAUUUUUGCCCACGGGGGUUCCUGCCAUAUGGCCACCACCACCGCCUGCUGGAGCAUGUCUACUUCCCAACCCAUCGUCUGAGCCAGCGUCGGACAGCAAACCUCACCAAGACAAGCUGGAGACCUGCAGCUUCACUGUGCCAGCAGUUCCCUGCGAGGAGAAAAAAGAAUUGUGUGAUUUCCAGGGGACAACAGCCACGGCUCAUCCAGCCAAAAGCCCAACUGUUCCACCGAAUCCGUACCGGAGGGUAGGGCCUCCUCACGCUCGCCCCCCUGCAGGAGCUCCGCCAGCCAGCCCUGCUCAGAAAUUUUUGCCCACGGGGGUUCCUGCCAUAUGGCCACCACCACCGCCUGCUGGAGCAUGUCUACUUCCCAACCCAUCGUCUGAGCCAGCGUCGGACAGCAAACCUCACCAAGACAAGCUGGAGACCUGCAGCUUCACUGUGCCAGCAGUUCCCUGCGAGGAGAAAAAAGAAUUGUGUGAUUUCCAGGGGACAACAGCCACGGCUCAUCCAGCCAAAAGCCCAACUGUUCCACCGAAUCCGUACCGGAGGGUAGGGCCUCCUCACGCUCGCCCCCCUGCAGGAGCUCCGCCAGCCAGCCCUGCUCACAAAUUUUUGCCCACGGGGGUUCCUGCCAUAUGGCCACCACCACCGCCUGCUGGAGCAUGUCUACUUCCCAACCCAUCGUCUGAGCCAGCGUCGGACAGCAAACCUAACCAAGACAAGCUGGAGACCUGCAGCUUCACUGUGCCAGCAGUUCCCUGCGAGGAGAAAAAAGAAUUGUGUGAUUUCCAGGGGACAACAGCUACGGCUCAUCCAGCCAAAAGCCCAACUGUUCCACCGAAUCCGUACCGGAGGGUAGGGCCUCCUCACGCUCGCCCCCCUGCAGGAGCUCCGCCAGCCAGCCCUGCUCACAAAUUUUUGCCCACGGGGGUUCCUGCCAUAUGGCCACCACCACCGCCUGCUGGAGCAUGUCUACUUCCCAACCCAUCGUCUGAGCCAGCGUCGGACAGCAAACCUCACCAAGACAAGCUGGAGACCUGCAGCUUCACUGUGCCAGCAGUUCCCUGCGAGGAGAAAAAAGAAUUGUGUGAUUUCCAGGGGACAACAGCUACGGCUCAUCCAGCCAAAAGCCCAACUGUUCCACCGAAUCCGUACCGGAGGGUAGGGCCUCCUCACGCUCGCCCCCCUGCAGGAGCUCCGCCAGCCAGCCCUGCUCACAAAUUUUUGCCCACGGGGGUUCCUGCCAUAUGGCCACCACCACCGCCUGCUGGAGGUAUGUGAUUUGGUUUGUCAGGGAAUUUUGUUUUUCUCUUCCUUGCACACUACAAAGACGAAACACUAGUUUGUUCAUGAAAUAGAUGCUCACUUGACCGUGGCUCAUCUACUCAUGAGAGAGAAAGCAAAAGCC